GUGAGCUCGAUCUAUUUCACAAUGGCGGAUACUACCCAAGCGCCCGAGGUUGACUACACCCUCAACAACCCUGACACCUUGACCAAGUACAAGACCGCUGCUCAGAUUUCGCACAAAGUGCUUGAGGCCGUCACUGCUCUGUGUCUUGAGGGCGAGAAGAUUGUCGAGAUCUGCCAGAAGGGUGACCAGCUCCUCGACGAGGAGAUCGCCAAGGUCUACAAGGGCAAGAAGAUCGCCAAGGGUAUCUCUCACCCCACUACCGUCUCUCCUAACUCCUAUGUGACUCCCUACACCCCUCUGGUGUCCGAUGCCGCUGAGGCCGAGACUACCCUGAAGGCCGGUGAGGUCGUCAAGAUCCAGCUCGGUGCCCAGAUCGAUGGAUUCGGUACCAUUGUCUGCGACAUGCUUGUCGUUCCCAAGAAGGACUCCGCCAAGGAGGUUGUCACUGGCCGCGAGGCUGACCUUAUCCUCGCUACCCACUACGCCAACGAGCUCCUCCUGCGCCUGAUGGUUCCCCAGGGUCUGCUCGCCCAGGGUACCGACGAGGAGAAGGCCAAGGCCACCGCUCAGCGCCCCCCUACCCAGGCUCAGAUCUCUUCCCUGCUGGAGAAGGUUGCCAAGGCCUACGAGUGCAAGAUUGUCGAGAACACCACCAGCUGGCUGUUUGAUCGCAACGAGAUUGAGGGCACCAAGAAGAUCAUCCUGUCCCCCGGUGACGGUGUCCGUGGCGAUGGUGUCCCCGAGGUUGGUGAGGUUUGGGGUGUUGAGGUCGGCCUCAGCUUGGGUUCCGGCAAGGUCAAGAACCUCGACCACCGUGCUACCCUGCACCGCCGUACCACCACCACCUACAUCCUGAAGCGCCCCAGCUCUCGCCAAACUCUUUCCGAGGUCGUCAAGAAGUUCGGUACUUUCCCCUUCAGCUUGCGCCAGCUUGAGGACGAGAAGGCCGCCAAGGUCGGUGUUGUCGAGUGUGUCCGUAACGGUGUCCUGCGCCAGUACGAGCCCGCUGGUGACGCCGAGGGUGCCGCUGUCUCGCGUCUCCUCUCUACCAUUGCCAUCACCAAGAACGGUAUCACCAAGCUUGCCGCUCCCAACGUUGACCUGGAGCAGUACAAGUCCGACAAGAAGAUCGAGGACGAGGAGAUCCUCAAGAUCCUUGAGCAGCCCCUUGCCCGCUCCACUGGCAACAAGAAGAACAAGAACAAGAAGAAGAAGACCACCGGUGGCGAGGAGUAA